GUGUUGCGGCGGCUAGGGUUUGGUGCGUCCUGUCUCUGCGGUUGGCGGCGACGAAGAUGUCGAAGAAGAACAACCUCGCCAAGCGGAAGAAGCAGCACGAAUUCGACCUCAAAAGGGAGAAAGAAGCCAAGGAGAAGCUGGACAGGAAGCUGCAGGCCAAGAAAUCCAAGAUGAAGUGCUUUCUUUUCAUUUUCAUUCAGAUAGAUGGUGGUGACACGAAAAGGAAGGGUGGCAAAUUUAAGGUUGGCAAGAAAAAGGUGAAGACAAAACUUUCAGCCUUGGCAAAAGCCAAAGCUGCGCAGGCCAUGGAGGUCGACAAGUAACUGGGUAGUUCCUACGGUCGGUGCUCCAUUGUUGAUAGUUUUGAUGGAACAGAUCAAGUGCUAUGCUCAGAUGAGUGCAUUUUGUUCUGGCCGAGUAACCAGAUUCCAUCAGGCCAAGCUGGUUACUCUUUUUUGUGCGUUCGUUUGUAUUUUCCGUAGUGGCAGAGUCUGGAAUUAACAUGUCGAAGACACAAUUAAAAUAUCGAAGUGAGAUCGCUGCAUUUGGAUA